AUGACCAGAAGGCGGGUGCACGUGAAAAGAAAUGACGGUGACAAACUUCGUGCGAUUUGUAAAAGGCAAGGCUGUGAGUGGUAUGUGUACUUGAGGAAGCACGAAGUACACAAUGGUCAGGAUUACGUGGUGAUGAAUAAGCAACGCGAUCACGCGCGCACAUGCUCUCAGGUGUUGGAUUCGAAGUGGCUGGCGACAAAGUGGCUAGGUGAGCGUUAUAUGGAGAAGAUCAAAGCCAACCCUCACAGUCCACUUGCAGCUAUACGACAGUGUGUCGAUGAAGAUUUUGGCCUGAAGAUAGGUAGGAUGAAGGCAUAUCGGGCCAGAGAGCACGCACUGGACGGCAUAUUCGGGUCUACGGCAAACCAAUACAGAAACUUAUUCUACUACAAAGCCGAAUUGGAGCGGAUGCACCCUGAUUCCAGCAUACAUAUACAUUAUGAGAAUACAAGGGAUUCUGGCGCCGUGGGUCCGAGAUUCCUGAGGUUCUACUGCUGUCUAAGACCAUUGAAAAAGAGAUGGAUGCAGUUAUGUCGGCCAAUUAUCUUCUUCGACGCUUGUUUCUUGCGAGGAAUGUACAAAGGACAGCUCAUGACAGCAAUGGGAAUUGAUCCCAACAAUUGCUGGUGGCCGAUUGCUUGGACUGUGACUGAGACCGAGAGUUAUGUCCAGUGGAAGUGGUUCGUGGAGUACUUGGCUGAUGACCUUAAAUUGCAUGCAAAUGGCCCACGAUAUGUGUUUAUGUCUGACCAACAAAAGGGCCUUGCAAAGUUGAUUGUUGAGGAAUUCCCACAGAGCGAGCAUCGCUUCUGUGUGCAGCACAUAUAUAACAAUUUCAAGAAGAGAUUUAUCGGAGAAAAUUUCAAAGACCGGUUGUGGGAGAUUGCCUCGAGUACCACCCCCGAACAUUAUGUGGACAAGAUGGAUGCUUUGCAGACCGAGUAUCCCCAAGCACAUCAGUGGCUUUCUGAAGUUGCUCCCAAAGAAAAGUGGGUCAAGGAAUUUUCUCUACACACACUUGUUGUGAUGUGCUCCUCAACAACAUCUAUCAGAGGCCAGUGGAUCAGAAGCUACGAUCACGCAGUCCCUCUUGUUAUCAAGGAGCUUGUUGAUAAGUGGUACGCGCGCGCUUCAUCGUGGAGGGCUACAUGGAACGGACAGUCUUCGUACCAAGUAACUGGGCCAUCUGGCCAAUAUGUUGUCAACGUGCGCGAUUUUACAUGCUCCUGCAGAUUGUGGCAGCUAACCGGAAUCCUGUGCACUCAUGCUAUCGCAACAAUCAACAAGAAUGGCGACGACGUGACGCUAUUCGUUUCCCGCUAUUAUUUGAAGUCAACAAUGAUCAUGUUGUACGAGAAUGUCCUUUACUCAAUCAAUGGGGUGGACAAUUGGCCCAACACUACUUCUGAUGGUGCGGUGGAACUGGCGCCCCCGAGGUCAAAGCGACAGCGUGGUAGGCCAAAGAAACUGAGACGUGAGAAGCCCCAUAUUCGUCUUCAUGCGGACGGAGGUGAGUCAUUGCGUCGCACCUUCGUGAUGAAAUGUCGUCGGUGCGGUCAAGAAGGUCAUAAUAGGAGGACAUGCAGCAAUGAUCCUCGGACAGAUGCUCGUUCUCAGGUUGGGGAGACUUCGCACUACAACGGGUCGCAUGAACAUGGUGAGAGUACUUUGCCUGAAUCGUCAAACAAUCGCCGACGCCAAGAGGCAUAG